UCAUUGAAUGAAAAAAUAUUCUAGUUAGCCCUAGUUCUUCUCUUUGCGUAGUCUAGUCAUAGUGUAGCUUUAUCUUUGCAUCAGCAAAAAUCACUCUUAAGACACACGAGCUCGUUCUCUCCAAAGCCCUAAUUUUUAUGAUUGCUCCGAUUCGAAGCCCUAAUUGAAGCAGAUUUCGAAGCCCCAAUUUGUGUAAAGGUUCCUGGUACGAUCUCUCGAUGGGAAGCAAAGGUCGAGGGCCACCUCCCAACCUUCGGCGUCCACCUCCCGGCCCCGGCAUGAUGUAUCCUGAUUCUUUUGGUCCUCCUAUGCACAACCCACCACCAGGUGAUUUCCCUCCUUUUGACAGGCUACCUCCUCCAGAGAUUAUGGAACAGAAGAUUGGCGCCCAGCAUCUUGAGAUGCAAAAACUUACUACAGAAAAUCAGAGGCUCGCUUCGACCCAUGUAACUUUGAGGCGAGAACUAGCUGCUGCACAACAUGAGCUGCAAAUGUUGCAUGUUCAGAUAGAAACAAUCAAGGCUAACAGGGAACAAGAGACUAAAGGCCUUACAGAAAAAAUCUCUAGGAUAGAGGCUGAACUUCAAGCUACUGAACCUAUCAAAAUAGAAUUGCCGCAAGCACAAGGUGAAGCUCGCUCUUUGUUUGCAGCAAGGCAGGAACUUGUUGCUAAAGUGCAAAUGCUGACUCGGGAUCUUCAAAGGGCUCACACAGAUGUGCAACAGAUUCCUCCUUUGUUAGCUGAGCUGGAGAGCCUAAAAAAGGAGUAUCAGCAGUGCCGGACUACCUAUGAGUAUGAGAGGAAAUUGUACAGUGAUCAUCUUGAAUCUCUUCAAGUGAUGGAGAAGAACUACAUGACUAUGUCCAGAGAGGUGGAAAAGCUUAGGGCAGAGUUAACCAACACUUCUAACUCUGACAGACAAACAGGUGGGCCAUAUGGUGGUUCAACUGGAUAUAAUGAGAAUGAUGUUGCCAAUAAUUAUGCUAUUGGACAAAACAUCUAUGCAGAUGGCUAUGGAAUUUAUCAGGGCAGAGGCCCCCUACCAACAGGGACUAAUGUUGGAGCAGCUGCUGCGGUUACAUCUCCGCAAGUUGGAGCUCAGUCUGUGCCUCCGUCAAACAGGCCUCCUUAUGAUGCAUCAAAUAUGUCCGGUAAUGAUGCACAAAGGGGAGUCAGAGGACCCGCUGGACAUGGUUAUGAAGCACAAAUGGGACCAAGUGGUCCUGGCUAUGAUGGACAGAGAGGAUCCGGUUUAGCAGCUUAUGAAGCUCAGAGGGGGCAUGGAUAUGAUACAAUGAGGGGACCUGGGUAUGAUGCUCAGAGGGCUGCGGGUUAUGAAGCUUACAGAGGACCUGGGUAUGAUGGAUAUGGAGCACCUGUUUAUGAUGCUCAGAGAGGAGCUCGUUAUGAUGUGCAAAGGGGAGCCAGUUAUGAUCCCACCAAGGCCUCCAACUACGAUGCAUCAUCCAAAGGCGGUGUUGCAACUCAAGGACAGGUAGCACCUACGGGAAAUACCCCUCAUGGUCAUGCUCCCUCACCUGGUCAUGUUGGUCCUGGGUACGAUGCAUCAGCACAAGGAGGAAAUCCAGCACGUAGAUGAUUUCAGCUCCAGUUUUGUUUUAAUUCUUGAGGAAUAUUAUUUAUCUUGAGCAUUCACUUCAAUUUUACUAUUAGCAGUCUCCCUAGAGAUCUAUUCACUGCAUGAAGUGACUUGAGGCUGGUUAAUGCAAAAGAAGAAAAUCUUGCUUGUCGA